GUUAUUUAGGGAAAAUAAUUGAAAAACCAACCCAAGUUUUUAUUAGCCAGGUCUUGCGUUGCAAUGCAUCUGUGAUAUGAGAGUUUAUGAAAUGCAUGAUGCUUAAAGUGGAUUUAUAAAUAGUUUUGGGUGUACCUGUACUACUCUUAUACAUCGCUAUAGUUCGUUGGUGUGUGUUUGCAUUAAAUAACAACUACAUUCUAUACAUAUAAUAUCGAAAAAUUAUGUAAUCAGUAAUCCAAAAUUAUAAAACCGAUAGAUUCCAACAAUUAAUAGUUUAUGUCGUACGGGGCCAUAUAUCCAGAACAGCAUAGUAGAACGAAAAGUAUAUCGCAGCGAGUAUUGUGAGAGUAUUCGGUUGUAUCAUCAGUAACGAGAAUAAGUGGCAAAUUUGCACAUUCUCGACACGGAUACUAAACACGUUCAGAGAGAAGCGAUACUAUGAAAUGAAAACUAUGAGCGCAGUGAACAGUGUUUGCUUGUACAAGUACAUUUGCUACUAAUGUGUGAUAUUAGAUUUGUAGCUCAGCGUGAAUCAAACAGAUCUCGAAGUGACACUACUUGCUAUAGUUACAGUUCAACGCAAGUUGAUUUUCUAGUUAAUUAACAAAAAUAUUCAAGUGUUUCCUGUCCAGAAACGGAAUGGGCCCUUAUGAGUGAAAGGAGCAGCCAUAUCGAUUUGAUCGAAUGAUGAAAUUCAACGAAAAUGAAAGCUUGGAUAACAUCAUCUUCAACUACAUUAUGGGAACGUUAUAAGAGAUCAACAAUUCAAGAUUAGUUUUCCUAGUCAUUGGGGGGUCGGGCGAUUGCCUGUACCCCCUACCACUGAGAUUUUAGCUACAAUUAGUAUGUUCGAACAAAUAAAAACCGAACCAAUGGGAUUCUACACCGCUUAUCCACCACCCCAGGCUGCACAGGCACCAAUUACAACAACUGCACGCGACCAAACCCAACAAACAGUAAUAGCUGUCAAUGAGAGCAAACCCACGGUCAACAUUAAUGAACCAGUAGUGUCUACCCAACCGGUAAAUAGUCAUUCCACCGCACCAAGCCGAAGUAAAAGGCAAACCUGCAAAGUUUGUGGCAAAACAUUAUCUUCCCCCAGCAGCUAUUACGUGCACAUGAAACUACACUCGGGAACAAAACCAUUUGCUUGUACCGUAUGCGAUGCUGCAUUUUGUAGAAAACCUUAUCUUGAAGUUCAUAUGCGGACACAUACAGGAGAACGGCCAUUUUCUUGUGAUGUAUGCCUGAAACGGUUUAGUCAAAAAUCUUCGUUGAAUACACACAAGAAAAUUCACAUGAGAUAUUGGAGCAUUCAUAAACCGUUCCAGUGUAAUCAGUGUAGUGCAUCUUUUGGCCGAAAACCGUAUUUAGAAAUCCAUCUUCGAACCCACUCCGGUGAACGUCCUUUCGCUUGCGACAGAGAAGGUUGCGAUAAAAGGUUUUCACAGAAAUCGACUUUAAACAUUCACAAGCGUGUUCAUGACCCGAACCAUCGACCUUUUACAUGUGAACAUUGUCCAGCAACGUUUUGUCGGAAACCUUACCUUGAUAUUCACAUACGAUCACACACAGGAGAAAGACCAUUUGAGUGUUCAACUUGUUUGAAGCGAUUUUCCCAAAGAUCUACAUUGAAUAUUCAUAAACGUAUACAUACAGGUGAACGACCUUACGCUUGUGAUAUUUGUAACAAAACGUUUGCCGUUAAAAGCUAUGUUACAGCACAUCGAUGGUCCCAUGUUUCAGAGAAGCCCUUGAAUUGUGAUCGCUGUUCGAUGACUUUCACUAGUAAGUCACAAUUUGCUAUUCAUAUUAGAACUCACUCGGCAGGGCAAAACUUUGAGUGCCGAUUAUGUGGCCGCACCUUCAUUCGGGAUAGUUAUUUGAUAAGACAUAAUAAUCGCGUGCAUCGCGAAAACAGAAUAAAUACCAGCAGUGUCAGUGCCACCAUUAAUAGUGUUGCCAUUGGAGAGAUUCCAUCUCAGCAUAUCGGAGGAUCAAAUGCUAAUAAUGUAACACAGGACACAGGAGACCAUAGUACAGGUCAAAUCGCUUCCCAGCCACGUGAGACGUUUAGUAAUCCAACAGUACAACCCUGCAACUUCAGAUAUGUACCAGAGCUUCAUAUGACCGAAACGAUAUCAUCCGUAUCCCACAUUUCUUCCCCGGAUAUCAGCAGUAGUCAUAAUCUUUCCCCUAGUAUGACAAGUUCCAGCCAAGAACACGGAAUGACCACCAAUCGGGCAAUGAUAAUCAAUAAUGGACCCACAGGUGUCCAUAUGAAUGACGCUAUCAUUGGCCAAGGAGGUGGACGCCUUGUACAUGAGCUUCACGAUCGUGACCGCAUCGAAAUGGACAGAGCACUGCAACAUGAGCGAACCGACCAUGAAACUCGCAAUUUGGCAGAAAGAUUUAUUCAGAAUGCUGAGCGGAUGGCUCAAGAUCAUGCAGCAGCCCUACAGCAACAUCAACAACAGCAGCAACAACAGCAGCAGCAGCAACAACAGCAGCAGCAGCAACAACAACAGCAGCAACAACAACAACAACAACAACAACAACAACAACAACAACAACAACAAGACCAUCACCAAAAUAUGAUGUCCCCUGUCCACCGUAUGGUUAGCGAUAAAAACAGUAUUCCCCAUCUCCUAGAACCAAAAAAUGAAUAGAAUCUCUUGCUAUUGAUUACUAAACGUUACCGUAUCAUAGUGAAAUCAUAUAUCAAAUGAUACAAACCAUACUGUACAAUUAUUCAAGUAUACCAAACUAGACAUAACAAAAGAAACAUAGAACAAAAGUUUAAAAUAGUAGGAAUAUUCUGUGACCGUAACAUAAGAACAACAAAUCCCAUUGCAAUAUCGCAGAAAUAUACGAGAAAGGCGAUGUGAACAGAAAUACCACGAUAAACGUAGCAAAUUUAUGACUUACAUAGUACCACGCAUUACAAUAUAUUCACAAACAAGCAACAAUAUUAAUCAUUAGUAGUGAUAGCAUAUUACCUAUGAUGAUAGUAAAAAAAUACCAAAUUUUUAUACAGUCAAAUCGAAGGCAGCGCCAUUGGUAUUAACAAGACAGGAUAAGUUUUCUUUUGGUUACCCAAUGUUCAUGUAUAAUUACAGAAAUAAGUCGAUACAUUAUCUCGAGAAAACGUUCUUCUCUGGUGGAGAGAAUGUUAUAAAACAUAAGAUAGACACCAUGAAGCUUCCUAGAGUAGUCAUUUCCAAAAUGAUGUGAUCUGUAGCUGCCUUCGGCGUUUUAUUUUCGACGUGAGUUUCCAACCAUUGCAAACAAUGGAAAUGAUUGUGUAAACGCCCGAUUGUAACGUUAGUAGUUAUUAUGAAAUAUAUUUAUUUUAUUUAACGGACCAUA